AGAAGCCACAAAAACGAAGCAAAAGCAGAGCAAAGACCCAAGAAUCUGCGUGUCCCUGGGGAGAAGUUUUGAGUUUGUUUUUGUUUAUGUUGUUGGAAAUGAUGAGGCAGAGGCAGUGAAACUGCUGAAAACUCCACCUCCAUUUGGUUUUUUUUUCCCUUUGUGUUCUGGUUUUGAUUGGUGCUUCUGUUUUUGUAUGGAUCUGAAGGCAGGUUCGCUCCCAUUUACAAAACCCACAACAGGCCAACCCUGCCCUUCUCACCAAAACACAACAGGACAACCUCAAUGCAUACAAACACAAAGCGCCCCAUCGCAACAAACAACAGCAACAAGGAGACAUUCCUCAGAAAUGGCCUCUUCCUCUUCCUCUUCCUCUUCUUCCCCUUCCUCUUCUGUUGCAGUUUCAACGUUUGUUGUUUUCUUCGCUCUUGCCUCUAUACUUGGCCCUUCCUCCUCAGCACACGCCCCGACUGGUUCAGCCCAUGACCACCCGGUCAACCAGACAUUUGAGCCGAGCCAACAUUCACAGAGGCUGAAGAGAGGCGCCAAUGCUCAUCUCAGGAAGAUCAACAAACCAGCAGUCAAGACUAUUCAGAGUCCUGAUGGUGAUUUGAUAGACUGCGUUCUAACCCAUCUUCAACCAGCUUUCGACCACCCUGAGCUAAAAGGGCAGAAGCCGUUGGAUCCACCAGAGAGGCCUAGAGGAAAUGAAUCAGCAGAAGCAGCGGCGCAUACCUUUCAGCUAUGGACUGAUGGUGGCGAGUCAUGCCCAGAAGGAACCAUUCCAAUCAGAAGAACCACAGAAAAGGACAUUUUGAGAGCCAGUUCCAUCCAAAGAUUUGGAAGAAAGCUAAGAAGGAAUGUCAGAAGAGACUCAACAGGCACCGGCCAUGAGCAUGCAGUUGUCUUCGUGAAUGGUCAACAAUAUUUCGGGGCGAAGGCGAGCAUUAACGUGUGGUCGCCUGGCGUCACGGACAUGUAUGAGUUCAGCUUAUCGCAAGUCUGGGUCAUCUCCGGUUCUUUUGGCAAUGACCUUAAUACCAUUGAAGCCGGAUGGCAGGUCAGUCCAGAAUUAUAUGGAGACAACUAUCCGAGGUUUUUCACUUAUUGGACAACUGAUGCAUACCAAGCAACAGGAUGCUACAACUUGCUCUGCUCGGGCUUCGUCCAGACCAACAACAAGAUUGCUAUUGGUGCUGCAAUUUCCCCGAGAUCAUCCUACAAUGGAAGGCAAUUCGAUAUUGGUGUGAUGGUCUGGAAGGAUCCGAAGCAUGGACACUGGUGGCUGGAAUUUGGUUCAGGGCUAUUAGUUGGGUAUUGGCCAGCGCUUUUGUUCAGUCACUUGAGGAGCCACGCUGACAUGGUGCAGUUUGGAGGAGAAAUUGUUAAUACAAGAUCAACGGGGUUUCACACAUCCACACAGAUGGGCAGUGGCCAUUUUGCAGAAGAAGGAUUCGGGAAAGCGUCCUACUUCCGAAACUUACAAGUCGUGGACUGGGAUAAUAAUCUACUUUCUCCCUCGAACCUCCAUCUUUUGGCGGAUCAUCCAAACUGCUAUGAUAUCAAACAAGGGCGAAACAAUGUCUGGGGCACUUACUUUUACUAUGGAGGUCCUGGAAGGAAUGUAAGAUGUCCAUGAACAGUGAACAGAAUGAUAUAGGAUAGAGAGUGUCAUUUAUUCUUCUUUUUUCACCCAAAUUUUCAGGGGAAUUAGCUCAUCAUCAUCCCAGUAUUUACAUCUUUUUUGGGUCAAUUUCCCUUUUUUGAUAUAUCAUUGUUACUUUUGACUGGUUACUGAUCAAUUGUCCCACUUUGGGACUAUGUAUAUGGGAAAUGGAAAUGAUUGAGAUGUUAAUAAUACUGGUUUGUGGCUUGUGUCAUGGUUCU